AUGUAAGAAGUAGCUUUAUAUUCAUUCUUUUCAGCGGCUCUAGUAUCACUUUUAGCUAUAAUAAGCGCUGGAAUAAUUUAAGUAUUUGUAUAUAACCUAAAAUAUUACGAAGAUUAAAGACUAAAACUAUCAGAAGACAUAUUAAACGGAUUAAAGCAAAUAAAAUAUUUAAAUUGGGAAACUUAUUUUUUAAAAAAACUGGAAGAAGCAAGAUAAAAAGAAUAUAAAUAAGUAAAAGGAAUUCAAUAUGGAGACUCUUUUAUUAGUUUUUUUAGACGAAUAACAUAAUCAGUUCUACUAUUUGUUACUUUAAGUUAAUUUAAAUAAAUAUAAACUAUAAAUAUAUUCACAGUAAUUAUAAAAAAGUAUAUAUAAAUAUAUAUAUAUAUAUAUAUAUUUAUAUAUAUUUUUAAUUUUUAGUAAUUAGUUCUUUUUGAUAAAUUUGUUUCUCCAUUAAAUGGAUUACCAUGGUCUAUAGGCACUUUUUUCGGUGGAAUUAUUUAAUUUAAAAGACUUUAGGAUUAUAUGCAUUAAUAAUAAAUUUCAAAUGAAAAUAGAUUUUUUCUUAAAUAAUAAGAAAAAUUCCAAAAUUUAGCUCUUAAAUUUUCCGUUAAACAAAAUUAAAAGCCUUUAGCUUUAGAAAAUAUUCAUUUUGAAAUUUAAAAAAAUUCUUUUAAUUUUAUAAUUGGAAAAGUUGGGAGUGGAAAAAGUGCUAUAAUAGAUUUGAUAUUAAAUGAACUUAUAACAGAAGGGGACAAUAAUAUUAUGUACAAAAAUGGAACUUUAGCUUAUGUAUCUUAAAAUAAUUGGCUUUAAAAUACUACAGUGAAACAAAAUAUACUAUUUGGUUUGUAAUACAAUAAAUAACUAUAUGAUAAAUGUAUUCUUUUAUGUCAAUUAGAAUAGGAUAUUGAUUCUUUUCCUGAUAAAGAUGAUUAUAAUGUAGGAUUUAAUGGAAACAAAUUAAGUGGCGGAUAAAAAUAAAGAAUAUGUAUAUGUAGAGCUUUAUAUUAAAAACAAAGACAUUUAUUUAUUUGA